GCAGCACCCUCGUCGAUUCCCCGGCCGGGUGCUCGCUUCCGCCUCGUUGUCCCGCCGUCAUAGGCUCGCGCGGUUGUUAGGGAGGAGGGAGAAGCCGCUGGCGGUUGUCGACCCUGGGUAAUGGAAUUCGAUCCCGGUGAAGUGCUGCUGGUGGUGGUCGCUAUUGCCCUCACGGUCUUGCUCCUGCUGUUGUUAACCGCACACGUGACUGCUAUUAAAAUGCCAAACGUCAGUCUUGGAGAGACAGAAAAAUUCUUUUUGAGUCCAAAUUCUGGCAGGAAGGAGUUAUUCCCAAGUAUUCAUGAUCCUCCCACAAAAGAACUAUCUGUCAUUGUUCCAUCUUAUAAUGAAGAAGAAAGGUUACCUCUGAUGAUGGAUGAGGCUUUAGAAUAUUUGGAACAAAGACAGAGGAAAGACUCCUUAUUUUCCUAUGAAGUGAUUGUUGUAGAUGAUGGCAGUAGAGAUGAAACAACAAAGGUUGCGCUGAAUUAUUCCAAGGCAUAUGGAUCUGAUAAAGUCCGAGUAUUAACAUUUGUCAAAAAUCGUGGGAAAGGUGGAGCUGUUAAAAUGGGUGUGUUGAAAUGCCGAGGGAAAUACAUCUUAAUGGCUGAUGCUGAUGGAGCUACGAAGUUUGCUGAUAUUGAAAAAGUAGAAGCUGGUUUGAAAGAUCUCCAGCCAUGGCCUGAUAACAUGGCUAUCUCGUGUGGGUCUAGGGCUCAUUUGGAAAAGGAAGCAAUAGCCAAACGUUCCUGUUUUCGAACUCUACUCAUGUAUGGUUUCCAUUUUUUGGUGUGGUUUCUGUGUGUAAGAGGAAUAAAGGAUACACAGUGUGGCUUUAAGCUUUUGACUCGAGAAGCAGCUCAAAGGACAUUCUCAACAUUGCACGUAGAUCGCUGCCCAAGCCUGGAUAUUGUCGAGAUCUUAUUUCAUUUUGAAUAUGAACUGCUUCAGCAUCUGAGGAGUUGCAAAUUAUACUGAACAUUGUGCAAUCGUUUGUGAAGAUCCUCACUUCUGACCUCCUGAAUGUAAUUGAUGAAGUAGCUAAAGAUAGUUGG